UCUUAUCUGUUCAUUAUUUUUGAAAAGCUCUUGAACGCUAUAACUCUCUUUGUACAUCUAAUAAAUAAUGUUGGAUUGAACUAUUACAUCAUUAUUUCUAAAAAAGCGCUAAAAUGAGACGAGCACUUUUUUCACUUAUUGCUAUUACAUCAUUUGCUACGGUUUUUGGUUCUUCUGGCGGCGGCAAACGGGCUUUUGAAAUUGAAGAUGGGAACUGCACCUCUGCCUUGAUGAAAGAUUUGAUUUACUUACACUACGUUGACAGGUGGCCUAUACCUUUAGUGGAAAGAAGUGACAAAGUGGAGCACCACGGAGACGAGAAAAUAUAUUGCGUAAUGGUAAAGAGCGUCCAGCAUAAGCAUAAUAAUUCUAGCGUAGAAAUUGUAAAAGGCGGUGUAAACCAUACUUUCAUUGAGAUCAGCCUGAAGUCCGAUGCUGGAUAUGGAUACGCAUAUUACAUCCAUAUAUUUGGAAGUAACUCAAAACUCAACACAUCUUUCGUGACUGGAUUAUCUGAAUAAAAUAUAAAUGAGUUUA